ACACCUAUGACAUCGUCGCUUCAUCCGGAGGAAUGGGCCAAAGUCACAUUCCGGCAGGUGCAUUAUGGGAGAUGUUAAGAAUAACCCGUAAAGGUGGAUUUAUCAUCUUAGUGAUGCGAGAGGAAUACCUGAGACAUCCGGUAUAUGACGACACCUAUGACAUCGUCGCUUCAUCCAGAGGAAUAGGUCAAGGUCACAUUCCGGCAGGUGCAUUAUGGGAGAUGUUAAGAAUAACCCGUAAAGGUGGAUUUAUCAUCUUAGUGAUGCGAGAGGAAUACCUGAGACAUCCGGAAUAUGACGGUAUACUGGAAGUGUUGAUGGAAAACAUGGAGGAAACUGGAAAAUGGAAAACGAUUAAAAAAAGGAUAAUUCAGAAAUAUUUUGCUGAAAAAGAAGGCGUUGUAUUCGUAUUUGAGCAAGCAUGA